AUGACGAAUAUUCAUCCCGAGUCCCCAGAGGACUUCGAGUUCAUCGAAACUCCACCCGCCUCCUGCACCACUCCCGCUGACGAUUGCGGUGUGCGGACUACCUCGUAUCCGGCCAUUAAAAAUGCCCCCGUCCCCGCGGAUUCUCAGGGUAGCGAUAGCUUCUCCAACACCCUCCUCUUCGCUCUCCUCAUCCUUGUCCCAUGGUAUCUUGCCCGCCAGAUUGGUGGUGGUUUCUACACCACCAUCUUCUUCGCCAUCUUCACCACCGUUCCCAUUCUAAUGGCCUUCUGGUCCAUCGCCUCUUCCAUCUCUCCCCGCAAGAACGAAAAGGCCAAGUAUGCUGGUCGUCCCGUCGAGUACUACUUGAACUUCCACAGCGAGCAUGACCGUACUGCCUACCGCGGCAAGAGCAAGAUCCCCAUGGAAGUCUUCUACGAGAAGUACUUCAAUGGCGAGGUGGACUUCAAGUGUGAUGCCCUGGAGGCUCUGGAGUUCAGACACGACUGGGCCAACUUCCGCUUCACCAUGGGUCUCUACAAGCACUUCCUCUUCGGUUUCAUCCCCGAGAUGCUGAUGCACACCCGUUCCCAAGAUGAGGAGCAGGUUCGUGACCACUACGACCGCGGUGAUGACUUCUACGCUUGGUUCUUGGGCCCCCGCAUGAUCUACACUUCCGGUAUCAUCAGCGACCCCAACAAGGAAGAGACUCUCGAGGAACUUCAGGACAACAAGCUGGCUGUUGUUUGCGAAAAGAUCGGUGUUAAGCCCGGUGACACUAUCCUUGAUCUCGGUUGUGGCUGGGGUACUCUGGCUAAGUAUGCUUCGGUUCACUAUGGUGCUCAGGUCACCGGUAUCACCUUGGGUCGUAACCAGACUGCUUGGGGUAACAAGGGUCUUCGCAAUGCUGGUAUUGAGGAUUCUCAGAGCCGUAUCCUGUGCCUUGACUACCGUGACGCUCCUCGGGUUGAUGGCGGCUACAAGAAGAUCACCUGUCUCGAGAUGGCCGAGCACGUCGGUGUCCGUCACUUCACUUCCUUCCUUUCUCAGGUCUAUGACAUGCUGGACGACGAUGGUGUCUUCUUCCUGCAGAUCGCUGGUCUGCGCAAGUCUUGGCAGUAUGAGGAUCUCAUCUGGGGUCUUUUCAUGAACAAAUACAUCUUCCCUGGCGCUGACGCUAGCACUCCCCUUGGCUUCGUCGUUGACAGACUGGAAGCUGCUGGAUUCGAAAUUAAGAGCAUUGACACUGUUGGUGUUCACUACUCUGCUACUCUCUGGCGCUGGUACCGGAACUGGAUGGGCAACCGUGACAAGGUCGAGGCCAAGUACGGCAAGAGAUGGUUCAGAAUCUGGGAAUACUUCUUGGCUUACUCCACCAUCACCUCCCGCCAGGGUGGUGCUACCUGCUGGCAGCUUACCCUCGUUAAGAACAUUAACUCCACCCACCGUGUUGAGGGUAUUCCCAGCCAGUAUGGUCUCAGCGGUGCCCGUGAGGCCGCCAUCGCCCGCGCCGGCACCGGCGCUCUCCCCAAGGCUCACGUUCCUAACAAGGCUUAA